UGAGCAAGAAGAGGAAACUUUCCUUAGCUGCAAAGCAGAAGCAGAAUAGAUUUUCUGCAGAUUUCUUUAUCUUCAGUGGGACAUUUCUUUGAACCCAACAUGCCGUCGUACACAGUGACUGUUUCCACAGGGGACCAGUGGUUCGCAGGGACAGACGACUACAUCUACAUCACACUGGUGGGCACGGAGCAAUGCAGCAACAGAACGCUGCUGGACAAACCCCUGUACAAUGACUUUGAGAGGGGGGCGGUAGACUCCUAUGAUGUCAGAGUUGAGGAAGACCUAGGUGAGCUUGUGUUGGUGAAGAUUGAGAAGAGGAAGUACUGGGUGCAGGACGACUGGUACUGCAGGUACAUCACGGUCAAGACCCCCUCUGGAGACUAUGUAGAGUUUCCCUGCUUCCGCUGGCUGGUGGGCGACAAAGAGGUGGUGCUGCGGGAUGGACAAGCACAUCUGCCUCAGGACGAUAAGACAAGCCUGGUCAAACAGCACAGACAAAAAGAGCUGGACCUGAGAAAAAAAACCUACAGAUGGAACGAGUGGCAGCCAGGCUUUCCUAUGAGCAUAGACGCCAACAGACACCAGGAUUUGCCUCGAGACAUCCAGUUCGACAGUGAGAAAGGAGUGGACUUUGUGCUGAACUACGUUAAGGCGAUAGAGAAUCUGUGUGUGAACCAGUUCAUGCACAUGUUUCAGUCCUCCUGGACCGACUUUGAGGACUUUGAGAAGAUCUUUGUAAGAAUCAAAAACACAAUCUCAGAGUAUGUGAUGCAACAUUGGAAGGAGGACUUUAUGUUUGGAUACCAGUUUCUGAACGGCUGCAACCCGGUAGUGAUCCAAAAAUGCACUAAACUUCCCGACAAGUUUCCAGUCACUCACGAGAUGGUUUCCACCAGCCUGGAGAGGGAGCUGACUCUGGAGGAGGAAAUAAAGGCAGGUAACGUCUACAUAGCAGAUUUUGAGCUGCUAGAGGGCAUCACUGCUAACUGCACAGACCCGUGCACGCUGCAGUACCUGGCAGCUCCCAUCUGUCUCCUCUACAAGAACGCUCAGAACAAGAUCCUGCCAAUAGCCAUACAGCUUGGGCAGACUCCAGGUGAAGACACCCCAAUCUUCCUGCCCACCGACGGAAAGUAUGACUGGCUGCUGGCAAAGAUCUGGGUGCGCUCGGCUGAUUUCCAGUACCACCAAAAUAUCACGCACCUGCUCAGGACACAUCUCAUAACAGAGGUGUUUGCAAUUGCCAUGUUCAGGCAGCUCCCAGCUGUUCACCCUGUUUAUAAGCUUCUUAUCCCGCAUGUUCGUUUCACUAUCGCCAUCAACACCAAGGCCAGAGAGCAGCUCAUCAAUGAGCAUGGCAUCUUUGACAAGGCCAACGCGACAGGCGGAGGUGGUCAUGUGCAGCUGAUUCAGAAGGCCACGAAGACUCUGACCUUCAGGUCUCUGUGCUUCCCCGACAUGAUCAAAGCCCGUGGCAUGGACAACAAGGAGGAGCUGCCCACCUACUUCUACAGGGAUGACGGCUACUGUGUGUGGGAUGCCACCAAGAGCUUCCUGUCUGAUGUGGUGCAUAUUUAUUACACAAGCGACGAGACAGUGCAGAAAGACGUGGAGAUCCAGGCCUUCAUCAAAGACGUGUGCAGCUUCGGGAUGCAGGACUUUGAUCACUGUGAGUUUCCCAAGUCCCUGAAAACACGUGAGGAGCUGUCAGAGUACCUGACUGUGGUUGUGUUCUCUGCCUCAUCGCAGCACGCAGCUGUCAACUUUGGACAAUUUGACUGGUGUUCCUGGAUCCCCAACGCUCCUUCUACCAUGAGGAAGCCUCCACCCAACCAGAAGGGCGUGGCAGAUGUGAACCUGAUCAUCGAUAGCCUCCCUGAUCGCGGACGCUCCAGCUGGCACCUGGGCGCGGUUUGGGCACUCAGCCAGUACCAGGAGAGCGAGCUUUACCUGGGUAUGUAUCCCGACGAGCACUUUAUAGAGAAGCCGGUCAAGAAGGCAAUGGAGAAGUUCAGGAAGAAGCUGGCAGAGAUAACCAGCUCCAUCAAGAGGAGGAACGAGGGAAAGAAGCUGCCGUACUACAACAUGUCCCCUGACAAAAUCCCCAACAGUGUCGCUGUUUGAGGACAAAACUCAUUUCAUCCAGAGGAAUCAUCACGUCUCUGUGUAAUAUUUUUACAAAUAGCACAUAGAGGUUCUGCUGAUUUUACUGCACUGUACAAAUAUGCUUUUGUCACCAGAGUGUAUGUCUUAAUAAUACUGUAUAUGUAAAUGCAUAUAAGAUUAGCUAAAUCCCUGUUUUCA